UCGGAGUCGACAUCGCAAGAUUUAGCUCUGCACAACUUCUCCGCUCACUUUCGAAAACGUAUCCCCGACAUGACCGCUAUGAAGCUCGAGGGAAUCGCAACGAGGCGAUUUCGACUUCUCCGGCAGCUCGGAAAGCUCCUACGGUGCAUCGAAGCCGCCGCCGCCCUCAUCCUCCUCUCUCACGCGUCGAUCCAAAUCCCAGCCGCCGCUCGAAACUCCGGCGAAUUCAUUCGCCACACGGCCGCAUUUCUUACCAGCCCCAGCUUCGUCUUCCUCUUAUGCAACGCUAUCGUCCUCGUCCUGCUUAAAACCGGCCACUUUUCAUCCGAAUCGGGCUCCACCGGAACCGGAAUCGGCAAGAUUUGCGGGGAGAUGUCGUACUCCCCGCCGUUGAUUUUCGGAAGCGCGGCAGCGGAGAAGAAGACAGCAUGCGUGCAGAAUCGCGCAUACCGGCGGGGGUGGUCGGAGAAAUUCGAGCGGGGGCGUGAGGAAGCAAAGCUUCGGCGAGCGGAGAGUGAGUGUUUUCGAAAAGGCGAAAAAGCGUGGUCAGCAGUGGCGCGCGAAAGAGAAGUUGUGGGUGCGGAUGAUAGAGUGGGGGCUGAGGAGGAACAUUUGGACGCGGAGGAGUUUCGGCGAACAAUAGAGGAUUUUAUUGCGAAGCAGCAGCGAUUUCUAAGGCUCGAGUCGCAGUCGCUCGCUGUGGUGGCUAAAUCCGAAGGAGUGGGACAUCGGCUUCAUGAAUUUUAACGAGUAAAAGGAUGUCUGUGUUUGCUAAUUUUCAUGUACAUUUUGGAUUGCACAGAGCUCCCGGGAAGGAGCAUCUUUGUUUUUUUUCUUCUUAUUUUUUUCCUUAUAU